AUGAUUAUUGUUACCACUAGGCGUGAAAGAGUGGCAUCCAUGAUGAACCCAAUCCAAACUCAUAGUCUUCGAGCUUUGUCGGAGGAAGACUGUUUGUUAUUGUUCAAGAAAAUGGUAUGUACUGAUAAACAUGAUAUACAUCCAGGAUUAGAAGCAAUUGGUAGGCAAAUUGUACAGAAACGCAUGGGAUUGCCUGGGGCAGUAGAUGCUGUUGCAGAUCACCUGCAAAAUAAAAUAGAUAAGCAUGGAUGGGAAAUGAUCUUGGAAGACGAUUGGUGUGUUCCUGAAGAAAACAAUAGUGUGUUAAGGUGGUGCUUCUCAUAUGCUUUGGCAAGAAACCCAAAUUUACACUCGUUGCCUUUUUCUUUGCAUUUCAAACUCCAAAAUGAAGAAUUAGACAGGCUAUGCUGA